CAGCGGCAGCAGCAGCAGCAGCAGCAGCAGCAGCAUCAGGGAGAGAAGGCAUCGCCAGGUCGACGAGAGACACAAAGUGCAAGAGGUGCAGGUGGCGUGGCAAGAGGAAGAAACGGAAGCGGAGGUGGUGGAUUAUUACGAACGCGUUGCGUUGCCGUUGUUGCUGUCGCCGUCGAGAGAACUCCUCGCCGGUAUUGUCGUUGUCGCCGCAACCACCGCAGCAGCCGCGACUGUCGCAGUCGCUGCCGUCUCGGUCGGCCGUGGUACGUUGGUCCAGGGGAACUUCUAAGGGCCCCGCCAACCUGGGCCGCUCAGGCAGGCACCUGGGCGACUGGUCCGGGAUACGCACGAGCGGGGCUGACAUCAUCGAACAGCGGGGAUAUAACCCCGGUAAAUGGUCGCUCGCCGACAGAGCAACGAAGUGGACGACGACGUGGAUUAUCGUGGCGCGAGUUUGCUUAUUAUCGCGGAGACGAUCAGGGACGUGUACGAAAAAAGAAACGGAAACGAAAGGAGAGCGGAGAUCACCCGUCCAGGAAGGCAUUGACGUGUAUCGCUGCACGGAAAGGGAAAGUGAGGAAAAUCUGGUACGAGUUAUCAAGUGGUGGAAGAAUAUCUCCGAUAUAUCUCCGAAGGAACACUUGGAAGCGAAAUCGCCUGAGCGAUCACGUUGCGCAGCGUUCCUCAGCGCGUCGUGUCUCAGCAGACGUACCGGAAAUAACGGUAGCAGCUGCAGAAGCAACGUCGUGGGUCGCGUCGCGAACGGCGUUCGGGGAGCAGAGUCACGAAGAGUCGAGUGUCGGAGAGCAGAGCGCGUGCCGAGAGGCGGGCCUCAGAUUUGGUGGCAGCGAUGCGGGGCCUCCUGCAGCAGCCCGGCUGCGAUACGGAUCAUCUACGCCACGAGUCCAUCGCGAGUCAUCUAUUUCGUCAUCAGUCGACGUGCACGAUAUCGAGGAAAAGGAGGCAGCGGAAAGAUCAAUCAGUUCUGGUGGAGGAAGGCGAAGCACAUCGCAUCGUACAGUUACGAACGUGCACGUCAAGGAACGUCGACGAGGAGGUGCGCGACGACGACGGCAGGACGUCGGGGACGUUAGCGUCCCCGAUUAUCCCGUCGCGCCCAUGCUGCUCGACUCGUUCGGACUCACGGGACCACCUACGUCGAAAAAAUGGAGAAAAGAGAAGAAAUGGGUGCAGAAAAAGGAGAAGAAGCAGAAGCUCUGGUUAUCGUCGUCGUCGUCGUUGUCGUCGACCUCGUUCGUGGAGUGCGUACGGUCCGGUUGUCAUUCGUAUACGUCGUCGAAAUCGUUCUCCAGGUCGAUUCGCGAUCGCGUCAUCGACGACGUUGGCAUAUCCACCGCCGCGCAAUACCAUCACGAAGCCCGACACUUCCAAACCGGGCACGGACCCGAUGAGAAAGCCGGAACUGCCACUGCCUUUCGCAUCUCUCGCGAUUCCGCUUCGCACGGCGUGGUGCGCGCGCGCACAUGUGAUCGCCACGAGGAUCACGAGGACGAUAAUGAGAGCGACGCGUUGCGCGCGCGGACGCGCAUACUUGGCGCUGAUUGUCCGUCGCCGCGACGACGGACACCGCGAACAGCAAGAAGAAGGUCAAGAAGAAGACGAGGGAACGGAGCGAUCUCCGAGGAAGAGCCCAAUGUGGCUACCUCGGCCGUUUCUUUCGUCGACGUGCAUGCUUACACUGCCUAUAGCGAUGACAGAGACGACGAUGACGAUGGAGAAAACGACGGUGACGACGACGAUGACAACGAGGGACAUUGCGAGCGAAAGAGAAUCCACAGUGAUGGGUCCAAGAAGGACCACGACGAAUACGAGGAAGAUGGAAGCAAUGACAGCGCGCAUGUUAGUGUCUCGGAUAAUCCGCGCGAUGAAUACAAACAUGAAAACGAGUCUCGCGAGAACUACAUCCACACCGAGGGGAAUACGAGUAGUGGUGUAUCUAAGAGUGAUCAGUGGGCAUCGCAAUCUUCUUCGUUUAAUUGGAAGAGGGAUCGCGAACGUGUCGAUGGCUACGGACGCGAGUACCUGACAGUGGACGAGGUGUUCGAUGGACAAGGACGAAGAAAAGGAGAAUGGUAUAGUGAGAGGAGAUGUAGCGAUAACACUGCCUGGUUCCAAAAGCCAAUUACUAGGAGAAAAGGAAGAGGCGAAGGAGGAGGAAGAGAAGGAAGAGGAAGAGGAGACAAGCCGCAUAUACGCAGGAGCUACUACAGGUUGCUGCUGUUCGUGUUAUAUCUUCUGGCGUGGCCUCUAUUGUGCUCGAGCAGUCCCUUAGGUCACCUCGCUUCGACUUUCGCGCAGAACCCGACCCUCGCGCACACCAAGAAUCCCGCACAACGGGGUAACACUACGCCGCCGGACAUGUUGUUCUCGUCGUCGACGGUCAUCGAGCACCAAUACAAGCAUUCGCAACAAUACGUUCAGGGUAGCGAUUACAAUACCGAUAGCGAGCGUCAUCGUCAUCAUCAGCAACAGCAACAGCAGCAGCAACAGCAACAGUCGGAUCAAGAGAAGCCCGACGAACAGCGGCACCCCUACAACGAAUACACUUGGGAGGUGAACCAAAUGAAUCCCUGGUUGUCGGCCUGCGAUCUGGCGGGACCAGCGCCGACCGAUCUUCAGGGUAGCUGCGGAGCACCUCCACCGGAGGUGCCCAAGUACUGCCCGAAGCUGUGCAAAAACGCUUCCGAGAUAAUGAAGACCUAUAAUAUGAAGAUAAAUAGGGGGGUCGAGGACGGAGGCGAGAGCGGCAGUCAACAUGGCGAUAAAUAUAGCACCGAUGAAAAGAAGGAGGAGAAGGAACAGUGCCUUUUAUAUCUCGAGGAAUCGCACAAGAAGAUCAUCUGUCAAAUGAAGAAGAAUAAUCCAAGUGAUCUGCUGCUUCGGCUGCGUCUACGGCACUGCUGCGAGCACGCGGUGUUCAACGCCCUGGCGCCGGGCAAGGGCGGUCCGCUUGAGGACGUGCUAAACGGCGGCAAGAAGUGCGAUGAUGCCUUGGACAAGCUGUUGCUCGUUGAUGCCCUGGCCGCGAGGCUGCAUUGCGAGUUCGAGGAGGUACUGGCGCGCUACGAUUGCGCCCAGCCGUACUCCGUCAUCCACAACUGCACCCAUUGCAAGGAGGCGUAUAGGAAAUGGGUGUGCAGCUCCCUGGUGCCUUACUUUGCUCACAGGAGUCCGAAAAACGUGAAUACCUUGGAGGGCAGCUGGACCGGCCCCAGAUUGAGGCCCUGCCGAUCCUUUUGCCAGACCGUGGAGCAACGUUGCCCCUACUUCCUUCCGGGCGAUCGUGCCCCCGCAUACCCUACACAAUACGCCGGCGAACCCACUUUUCUUUGCAGAGACCCGAACAUCCCUGAGACCGGCGAGCAGGCCGCAAGGGCAUUGCACAGCAUCAGUGACGAUGAGUGCUGCUUCCACGUAUGCUCCGAGGAUACCAAAGAGGGUAUCUGCACCAAAUGCGAGGAGCCGUGGAAACAUGGCAAGUUUCAGGAUCCUGCGACGGCACCCCAGUGCGAGCCCCCAGUGAACCUUCAAUCUGGUUCUACAGAUCCGGGCUCGCAGCCGGGUCAACCGGAAACAUCCACCGACGAUCUGGACACCAGCACCACUCCUUCCUCGUCCAAUACCACGGCAUCUUCGACCACCGUCGGCCAAAAGGACACGGCAUUCUGCGGUAGCGGCCGCAUCGGCUCGAUAUCGAGCGCAUCUUCGCUCGGUCGAUCGAACCCAUCGAUUGUCCUUCAAUUUUUCUGGCUUUGUUCAAUUCUGAUCACUCUCCCUGCGAACGCGCUGCAGUACAAUACCCGUGUCCUGGAGUGUCCCUUCGGAUUCCUUCGGCUAAUCGGUUCCGGCCUGCUUUUUUCGGGCACGUUCGUCCUGCGGAGGGUCUUCAACGAUGUUCGCGUUUCCUUUGAUCCACGCUCGACCGGGAUCUAUCGAUUUGCCGCCAUAUGUUGCCUCCUGUUCGUCCUCGGGAUGCCCGGACGGGCGGUGAUGAAGUGCCGUUGUCGCGGAUGGUGGUGGUGGAGGUCCUGGAGGAGAUCCAGCAGCCGGCACUUCCGUUGGAAAUUCCUUCGUCGUUUCGGCGUCGCGUCCCAGCGGUCCGUCUUGCGCGACGUGUCGAUCGCUAUCCUCGAGCUAUUCCUCAAGUUUGCGGCAAAGUGUCGAUGCCGCGAUUGGUGGUGGCUGUGGCGUCGGUGGCGAAAGUACGGCUCGACAGGCGGGCAGUACACGAAGCUCGUCCCUCGGAGAAAACGUACAGUGAUUUACAAGGCAGCACAUCAACAUCGCAGGAGAAGAAGAGAUCUCUCCAGGGUUCUCAGGGUAGACAUCGCAAGUUCGGCCAAAUCGAUCUCCAGGAAGGACCCGCCAUAGGGUGGUCAACUUCGCUUUCCUGAAUACGCAGGAUCGUACGGGUUUUCUUCUAUCGCGGGAUAUCCGCGAGAGCUUGUCUUCACGGUGCUAGAAUUACUCGAGAAGCACCCAGACUCGAUCGAAGCGAAACUCGAUCGAGGACAAAUCGACGUUGUGAAAACGUUAGACGAAAUACGAGGAAGUAUACGAAGGAUCACACAGGGAAUGUCCCCGGGAUAUUACACGGGUAGAAAGAACACCAGCACUGCGAGGAGAAUAGUGAGGAAGUAGCAGAGUGCGAAAGGAUCCAAGAAUCAGAUAGAGGAACGGCGGGCCGGUCUCGUCGACGACUUCGGUUCCGCUGACUAGAGCAAAAGAGGAAGGAAAGGGAGAACCAUAACUUCAUCAACAACAAAAACAA